UACCUGCUGCUGCUGCCCGGCAACGCCACCGCCUCGGCGCCGCCCUACCCGCUGGCGCGCCUGCCCGCCGGCGACGCCGCCUCCCUCAUCGACCUGCGCGGCUUCCGCUUCCUCAUCAACAACUACCCCUGCGGCGAGCCACGGGCGCCGCUGCUGCUGGUGCUGGUGCACUCUGCGCCGGACAACGCGGAGAAGCGCGCGACGAUCCGGGCGACGUGGGGCGGCGCGGCGGCGCGCGCGGGCGCCGACUUCCGCGUGCUCUUCCUGCUGGGCGACGUGGGCGGCGGCGAGCGGCAGGCGCGCCUCGACGCCGAGAACCGCCGCCACGGCGACCUGGUGCAGGGCAACUUCCGCGACUCGUACCGCAACAUGACGUACAAGCACGUGAUGGCGCUCAAGUGGGCCGCCUACCACUGCCCUGGCGCGCGCUAUCUGCUCAAGGCGGACGACGACGUGUUCGUGAACGCGCCGGCGCUGCUGUCCUUCCUGGCGCGCGCCCUCUCGCCGUGGGGGGCGCGCCGGCUCAUCCUGUGCGCGCCCUUCCCCUACGCCUACGUGAAGCGCUCGUGGCGCAGCAAGUGGCGCGUGUCGCCGCUCGAGUACCCGGGCCGCGUGUACCCCGCGUACUGCGCCGGCUGGGCCGUGCUCUACUCGCCCGACGUCGUCUUCCUGCUGUACGAGCAGGCGCAGGCCGGCCCCUACUUCUGGAUCGACGACGUGCACGUGACGGGCACGCUGGCGGCGCGCGCCAACCUCACGCACACGCCGCUCGGCUCGCUCGUGCUGUCCGAGGCGCAGGUGGCCGCCGUGCUGGCCGGCGAGCCGCCGCCGCAGUUCCUCUUCGGCGCGCCCAACAUGUCGCUGGACGCCAUCCGCCGCCUCUGGCGCGUCGUGUCGCGCGCCCACGCCGGCGCCGCCCCCGCCACCGACGCCGCCGACGGCGGAGACCACUCCUGACGACCGUGCCGCCGCCGCCGCCGCCCCGCUGCCCGACAAGUGCCUUCGCAGUCGACUGUCGCCUUCGCCUCUCUCUCGGGGGUGCUCCUACUAGAACGUUCGCCUCGCCUCUCCGUACUGACUUUUCUGGCCACCGGCCGGAAAUAGCGGGCGACCGAAUCGUAGUACAGUAAUUGCCGAGUUCACUCACGGAAUAUCCUUUUCUCAGUCGUCGUUUGAGUGUUUCCGACUGCGAAUCCGGCCGUAACUAGCCUGACGUAAAACUGAAUGUAUCCGAUCUCUGGUUUGGUAGCCACAGCCGACAGUAUUUUAGCCAAGUAUCUUGUGAAAAUUGUGAUACACCGAGCUUUCACUAAAUGCGACUUGAAACCGACAGUUUCUUUCCAGGUAUUGCUUUCUGUACUUCGAUAAAUCGACAGUUUCAUUUCGUAAAAUGUUAAAAAACGAACACUUUUUGUAUUUCUCAGAACAAUAAUGACUAUACUACUCAUUAAUUUGCUUCCGAACUUAGUUACAUAAAAAAAUCACUAAACAUUCUCUUUAAAUUAUUGCUCUGAUUCCCCCACUACCUAUUCAAACCAAAAUUUUGCUCCUAUUGAAUUAACUUAGUUCAUUUUAAAUUCACUACAAAAUUUGGGUGUAUCAAUUAUACGUAUUCUUUUUCAUUUUCCCCUUGCUUUGUUUUCUUGCUUCAUUAUCUCUUUUAAGCCACUUUGGUGAAUAGUCACUUAAUCUCCUUUUUUCUUUACGUUUCUUGAUAUUCAGUUGCACUAGUAUAAGCUCCAAACAAACUUGUAUCUGUUGACAGUAGUACCACACGACACCGUACUCAUGUAACAACUUCAGGAACAAAUUUGCUUCUACUGCAAAAGUAAAAUUCCGAACGUAGUUACUUAAAAAAAUCACUAAACACUCUCUUUACAUUACUGCUCUGAUUGAUUUCCCCACUACCUAUUCAAACCAAAUUUGGAUCCUAUUAAAUUAACUUAGCUCAUUUUAAAUUCACUACAAAAUUUGGAUGUGUCAAUUAUACCUAUUCUUUUUCAUUUACUCCUUGUUUUGCUUUCUGGGUUCAUUAUCUCUUUUAAGCCACUUUGGUGAGUGGUCACUUAAUAUACCUUUUUCUUUACAUUUCUUGAGAUUCACGUGCACGACUAUGAGCUCCAAACAAACUCGCACCUGUUGACAAUAGUACCACCCGACACCCCACUUGUGUAAUCACUUCAGCAACAAAUUUGACAAGGUAGUCCAGAUCAGCUCAACACCAAUAACUCGACAGUAAAAUUAUUUACACAGUUGCUCCUUUAGUGCCUUUCAUACCACAUACUUCAUUUUUCUUUUAUUGUGGUAAAUCUAUACCAGACAAGUUUAUUACUUACUGCCCUCUGCUACCAGAUACUGACAUUACUCGUAUUGCUUUGUCACCACAAAAACACAUAGUACCACUUCACGUGUAAUAUAUUUAACGUGAAUAGGCAAAAGUGAUGCAGGAGAGAUUUACUAUGACAAACAGGGUAUUGAUUGUUAUCCUGUGAUAAGGUACUGUGUAACAUAUUCACAAAAAAAAAAUUGAUUUACAUCUGCACCUGUUGGCCGGCUAGUCUUGGAAUAUUGUGAUGAUGACGCAAAAUUAAAUGAGGAAGGAGCAGCUUCAAUUGCAGAAGUCGCAGUGUGAGAGACAGGUCGUGCUCUGUCGACUGGUAAUGUUGUGCCAAAGUUUUCAAGGAUUUCCGUAUUCACCAUUAAAAACCACGUACUUCACAUUACUGCACCUAGUAUACCGUGCAACGUUCAGAACCGUGUAGGUUGGUUGUUACAAGGAAAUUAUUUUAGAAGUUCUACUCAUCAAAAUUUAACCUGAAAUGAACUCAACUGCAGAACUAUGCAAGUGUAUCUUUUACUGCACUUGUCAGUUGGAAUUCUGCUGACAUGACAGGGAGCACCCAUUAUGGAUGCAGCAGUUGGUUUACAUUUGUUUCAAUGCAAAUGAGGAAGGCUAGUGAUAUGUUCUUAAUUGUGGCUAUAUGGGAGCCUAUUAAAAUUGACUUACGCUUAAUGAUAAAUGACAGUAUGUACUUAAAUUUUUAAAAGAGGAGUUGAAUACUCUUUAGAAUUUAGGAUAUAGCCAUUUGUGUAUUCUCACUGAGGAAAUGGUACCACUUCAUUUAGAUACAUUUUUUGAAGAAACUGGAAUGGCAACUAUGCUUAGGUAUGUAGCCUAAUAUUCAGGCCUUUAAAUGUUGUUCAAAUCUGUCUGUAAUAACUUCCUAAGAAUUCAUUUCCCUCCUCUGAAUGAAUGUUGAAAACUGAAUAGGCUUUAGUACUUAGUGUGUUGAUGUUGUAUUGUUGCAUCUGUUACCUGACCUGAACUAUGAUAAUGCUAACGUAUUGUACUUUACCAUAUAUAAAUACAGUCCCUCUAAAUAUUUUUGUGUGUCUCACUGUCAGGAAGUCCAAUAUAAAAUACUAAAUAUACAUUGGUUAAGUUUAUUCACAUUUGAUGUAAGUAGCCUCAGUUGUGACAUAAGGAUGGUCACAGUGCUGGGAAGACGUACCUUUUGGGAAGCCUUCCAGUGUUACUAGUUUACAUGUUUCAUACUGUGUGGAAUGGGUCCAAAUCAGAAUUCAGUAAUUAUUGUGUACGUUCAGACAAUUGUGAAGAUAUGUCUACAUGUGGGAGUACUACCAAGCCAGUAUCUUGCCAGUAGGGAGAAAAACAAUGGUAGACUCACUGGGAGAUAUGAUUGGAUAACUAUAUUGUGCAUUACCUGCAUUUAAUGAGAUUAAGAUAUCUUUUAUGAACAAAUUUAAUUUUGAUAAGUGUUUUAGGUAGAUUAAAUAGUAAGAUGUGGUUAAUUAGUUUUAUUAGCUUAUUUAUUGCAGAUACAAGUGAUAUAGUAUUUUAUUACUCAAAGUUGUCAUAUUUAUACCACAAGUCGAACACAGGUUAUGAACGAUAGUAAUAUGAAUUUACUUGAAGAUAGAUUGUUUUAAAAUUCUAUGAAAUGCCUAUGGCAUUCCUGAGUAUCACUGCAAUAUAGCAGUGGCCUAUUUUCUUCAAGUCUAUAAACAUUUGUAGAGAGUAGCUCUAAUUUAUACAAGGAAUCUUCUGUGUAGCUAGUCUGCACAGAAAGUGAUGGUAUGGUAUUGUUAUACCAUUGUGUAGUACUGCUUAUAAUCUUUUUGUUAACAACAAACUUUCUUUUUGGUACUGAUGGAAUAUUUAAUCUUAUUAAUGCACAUGGAAACUUUGAUACAUUGUUAGACUAGGAGAGAUUGUGAAACGAAAUUUUUUCUUAGUCAGUGAGUUAAAAAAUAAAAAUAAAAAUCAUCUUAUGUGGUAGAAAUAGUUAUUUAUUUGAACUUUGUUUCUAAUUUGUUAAUGGGAGAUAGUGAGAAUGCAAAUGUAAAUCAUGAAUAUGUACAUUUUUACAAAGUCAUUUCUUUUCAAUGCCAUAUUUUGAGAAUGAUUCCAUUCCAUUUAAAAAUUACACACACAUCUUCCCCAAAAACAAUUAUAAUCUAACAUUUACUUUCCAGAAUAAUUUCUUUGUACGCUAAAAUAGUGAAUGUCACUUUGCUGCAAAAUUGUUCACAACAUUACUACCUUCCUCUUAAGUAUCAGUUUGAAAAAAUAAAUAAAUUAAAAUUGGAAAAAAAUUGUUCCUUAAAAAUUCUCUUUCGAUCAUGCAUUUUCUUCCAACAUUACAAAAUUUAAAUAACAUUUGUGUGUUUUGGGAAAGCAAAUAUUCUUUAUGCAGUCAUAAUAUGAAGCAAGCUACUGUACCAUAUGCGGUCCUGAAAGAGAGAAACUGAAAUUUUUACCCUGUGAUCUGUAGUCACUGUGUGUAACAUAAAAAAACGUGUUAACAGACACAUUACUAUUUUUAAAAUUUCUGUUUGUCUACUCCAAAACUGGUUUCUUUUAAUUUUUAUAAUUGUCUUGGUCAGAUAUUGCUCUUUCUUUGUAGUAUGGUUGUGUUCAGGGAGUUAAUUUUUGGAACAGUUUCUUAUCCUUCUUUAAACUCUUAUGUAUUGUGAGUAGUUGACAUUUUUAGCUAAGUUACAUAUAAAGUCUGUUCCACUUCCAUUGUCCAAUAUUAGUACUACUGAUAAACUAAUGCAUGAGACUAAUAUUAGCAACACCACAUUUUUACUUUAAUAUUGUCAGUGAAUUUGAUGUUUUUAUUGAAAUAACUUUUUUAUGACGACACUUGUCACUUGUCAUAUGUUCUAACACUGAAGAAAGAAAAAUGAAAAACACAUUUUGCCAAGAAGAAUGACUGUUUAAUGUGACUAAGGCUGUAUGCCCGUAUCCAAUAUUAGUGAGUUUGUAUCUUAAGUAUGCAGAGAGACCAACUUUCGACAUACAUCUGACUAAUAAAAUAAUUAAUGAGUGUCUGGUAAAGCAGUGAGGUUACAACAAACAGUGAAAGUAGGAGUGAUGUAACUUCAGUACUGGGAAUAUGAUGUAAAAGUACCUGAAUGUUUAAAGCUCGCUACUCUUUUUCUCUGUUCAUUGGACAGAAAAGAAAAUUGAGCCCCACAUCCUCCUUCCUUGAAACUCCUAUGUAUUGUGAGUAGCUGAUAUUUUUAGCUAAGUUAUUUGUAAGAAUAUGCUGCCCAUCCAGUAUCCAGCUUUUUAUAUUUUUAUUUAUUCAUUGUGUUGUGUGUCCCUUUGGUUUGUCAGUGUUGGGAACUGAAGUAUCCCCAUGUCUGUUUAAUCCAGGAGAUAGUGAUUACAAGAUCUUAGCAUUUCUUGGAAAAUGUGUUUGAAGAAAUCAGUUAGAAGCGUCCUUGUCACAUUUCAAAGUUGAUUCUCCUGCUUUAUUGCUCAGAGAUGGGGUGGGUGCUGCUACUUUAAUAACACUGAUCUAUUUAAAAAUACACACAUAGUGUCAGGUAUUAAUUAUUCUUUUGAAACUGAAGUUUGCUUCUUGCAUAAUUUUGUUGUAAGCCAUGCUUUACAGUUAUCAAUUGUCUGAACGUAAUUGUGGUGUGUGUACAGUUGUGGGAAAUUCACAUUUAAAUUAUAAAAUUCAGGAAUAAAGAUGCCAAACAUUGUCAUGUAUUUGUGUAGUUGUAUACCAGGUGAAUUCAAUGUAACUUGAAAGUAUGGAAAAGUACUUUAAGAUAUUUUCCUUACUAAAAAUAAAGCUCCUUAUCUAUCUUCACAAUAAUCUUGUAUUUCUGGACAGCUUCAUGAUGACAUGUUGUGAGUUUCAAUUUCUGUGUUCUACUUAUCAUUUCUUUGAUGUGACUGAAUUGUCAGCACCUUGCCAUAAACUGAUUUAUACAUUAGACUGAUGGAAGGAGCUGAUUGGCUGUUACUGAUAUUGCUUCAAUAAUAAAAAACUUAUGAAUCUCAAA